AUGUCUAAUUUUGGCUUUUUUCUUCUGACUGACCCUAAUCUUUUUCGCAAGGGUCAAGGUUCAAACGUCAUUGAUGCCCCAAUUUUGAACGGCGUGUUUGUGUUGCUCUCCUCACUGUCCUUAGUCAACCCGACACCCCUAUCGGUCAUUCACAAAAUAAAGGGAUAUGAAUCACUUAAUAUCUAUCUAUCUAUCUAUCUAUCCCAGUCUAUAGAUAUCCAUUUAUAUAUUUAUCUAAUUCAAUCUGUUCGUAUCUAUCUAUCUAUCUAUCUAUCUAUCUAUCUAUCUAUCUAUCUAUCUAUCUAUCUAUUGUCUGUUCAUAUUCUAUCUAUCUAUCUAUCUAUCUAUCUAUCUAUCUAUCUCUGUUUAUAUUUAUUUAUAUCUAUCUAUCUAUCUAUCUAUCUAUCUAUCUAUCUAUCUAUCUAUCUAUCUAUCUAUCUAUCUAUCCCAAUUGCAAAUUUCUUUUAUUUAAAGUCCCAAAUUCACAGGCAGAUGUUUGUUUAA